UUCUCCUUUUCGAAGAACAGCGUCGUCUGAUAAAGAAGCCCUAGCUCCACACUCCACUGCUGGCAUCUCCUUCCCCGUCGGAGCAACGCAAUGGCUCAGCGCUUGCCGGGCUUAAACCCUGUCAAAACCCUCACCACCGAUAGGCGUCGAACGCCCGUCGCUCGCCCUCCGCAAAAGUCGGUUCCUUUCUGGCAAGCGCGAACGAGGUCUCGGAAUUCCUCUCCUCUCUGCUUAUCAGCGAUGGCGAGCCAGAGUCAGGACCAGAAGAAGCACUCGUCCCUCGACGCUCUGAUCACCGGCGGCCGCAAGGACGAGGUCUCCGAAGCUAUUAAAGGGUCGAUGUCGAAUUGCCUUGCCGAGACGAAUCUUCACCUGACGGUCCCCGGUCUCAAGUCCAAAACCAGAGGCAAGGUCAGGGACAUCUAUGACGGCGGCGAUUAUCUUGUCCUGGUUACGACUGAUAGGCAAAGUGCAUUUGAUCGGAUUCUUGCUUCCAUACCUUUUAAGGGCCAGGUCCUCAAUGAAACGAGCUUGUGGUGGUUUGAUAGAACGAAGCACAUCACUUCCAAUGCUGUAGUAGCAUCUCCUGAUAAAAAUGUUACAAUUGCAAAGAAGUGUUCUGUCUUUCCAGUUGAAUUUGUUGUCAGAGGUUUUGUGACUGGAAGUACUGAUACAUCAUUAUGGACUGUCUACAGAAAAGGAAUCCGUAAUUAUUGUGGCAAUGCUCUCCCAGAUGGCUUGCUGAAGAACCAGAGGCUGCCUGCAAAUAUAUUGACACCUACAACCAAAGCGGCAGAUCAUGAUGUACCUGUCACACCAAAAGAGAUUGUUGAAGGUGGGCUGAUGACUCAAGAUGACUAUGAUGAAGUCAGUAUGAAAGCAUUGAAAUUGUUUGAGUAUGGACAGCAUGUUGCUUCAGAGCAUGGCCUUAUAUUGGUGGAUACAAAGUAUGAAUUUGGGAAGGCUGAGGACGGUUCCAUUCUUUUGAUAGAUGAGGUGCAUACUCCUGACUCAAGUAGAUAUUGGAUAGCGCAGUCUUAUGAUGAACGGUUUCAAAAUGGUCUUGAGCCUGAAAAUGUCGACAAGGAAUUCUUGAGGCUAUGGUUCAAAGAUCAUUGCAAUCCUUAUGAAGAUGAGGUACUGCCUGAGGCCCCAGAAGAACUUGUUGCUGAACUGGCAUGGAGAUACAUAUUCCUGUACGAGACAAUUACAAAGUCAACGUUUGAAAUGCCAUUGACCCAGGAACCUGUUCAUGACCGGAUUUCACGAAAUGUUGCGUUGGCGUUGUCGUCUUUGUGAGGACUUAUUCAUUGGCUCCACAUGAUUCUUCAAUAAGGCAUUCAACCGAAACAUCUGUUCCUUGGUGCCUGCAACUUGCCGAGAGUCCACCAAAUUCACCUGCGUGUUCCAUUGUGUGUUACUCAGCAAGAUUGGGCCAGACUAACUUAUUUCUCCUGAUGGAUCUGCUACUUAAUCCGAUGAGAGGGCCUUAUGUAACGAGUCAGUACAAAUUUUACUUGUGUAAUCCUUUUUGCUUUACUUCUCAUUAUUAACGUCUUAUCUGUAGCCAAACUUUUGGAUUGGCAUGUGGAAAACAUGUCAUUUGGGAAACUGAACAAAUGGGUUUACGAGUAUAGAUAUAACGUUGUUAAGAAAAAAAAAGAAUAGAAAAGAAAAGGGAAUUUGAUCUUGUGAUUGCGUGGAAAAUUUGCGCCACAUGAUUUUCUUCA